AUGGCUCUGGAACAUAAUAUUAACAUGAACUAUUUUGAGUGGCUGGGCCACAGUCGUGAUUUACCCAAGGAUUUUCAGCAGUGGAUCAGACUACCUCUAACUGGGUUGAUUGAUUCGAUAUUCAGCAACCAAAAAUUCAUGGCUCUUUCAGCAAGUCUGAAGAUAUCCUUUUCAUUAAUGUCGGAGGCGGCGAAGGUCACUAUUCGCGGCAAUUCCGAGAGAGAGCGGGACGCCUGGUUGUUUGAUCCUACAAGAUCUACCACAGGUUGUUUCGACUAUCGAGAGAUUUCCGGAAGACAUAGAGCUAAUUAUGUACAUACGACUUCUUCGGUCCUCAGCCAGUCAAUGGUGUAUAUAAUCUUCAUAUUGUAUAUCGUGCUUUGA